CAGUACCGCCAUCCUCCGGCAGCUUCUCCGCGGAUCCAAGAAGUCUUUACUCAUGUGUACUAGGAAUGACGGGAGCUCACGACAGAAGUCGAUUUCGCUUAGUAGCUGAGCUGGGAAGGAGAUUGCAGGACCGGGAAAAGAAUGCAUGAGCUUUCCGACGAUGGCCAUGACUUGCUCGCUAGGAACUGCAGCUUCGAAGCACUCAAAGACGACUCCAUCGUCCACCAUCCGAAAGAUGACUCCCGCAUUUUGUGCGUGAAUGUAGUAUGUCAAGACAUCUCCAUCCACCACCCCUGAUAACUGUUCCUCUACCUCUGCGAGUGAG